GGAGGAACUUAAAAAGAUGACAAAGUCUCUCAGCUCUUACGAGUAUGAGUUCAUAAUGAAGCGGCGACUGGAGGAUCAGGAAACGGUUUUUGCGUCCCAGCAGCGGCGCCUCGCUGGCAACGCGGAGGCUUUCCAGCAUCGGGUCCUGGCACCUGCCCCUGCCCCGGCUGUGUAUGAGGCCGUGCCCGACAACAUGCAGCCCACAGCAGGCGUCCAGUACUCCGUCCCCCAGGGAUACCAGGUAUCUCUGCUCUCCCAGGUUCCCACCGUGCCCCAGAACAGUGGCGGGCAUGGGCACGCUCCGAGCCCAGCGGUCCACGGGGGGUCCCACCACCACAGCCCAGCAGUCCAGCCCCACGGGCCCUCAGUGAUGUCAGGGCACAGCCACACAGCUGCUCCCCUGGCCUCGGCACAGGGCCAGCAGUUCCAGAGGCUCAAGGUGGAAGAUGCUCUGUCUUACUUGGAUCAAGUGAAACUGCAGUUUGGGAACCAUCCUCAGGUCUACAACGACUUUCUGGACAUAAUGAAAGAGUUCAAGUCUCAAAGUAUUGACACCCCGGGGGUCAUCAGCAGAGUGUCACAGCUCUUCAAAGGUCACCCUGACCUCAUCAUGGGCUUCAACACCUUCCUGCCGCCGGGCUACAAGAUCGAGGUCCAGAGCAACGACCUGGUCAACGUGACCACGCCUGGUCAGAUCCACCACAUCACCCCGCAUGGCAUUUCAGUCUCAAACAUCCCACUAACAGGAGCAGCGCCCCUCCAUCCGCCCCAGCUCCCGUCUGCUGCUGCCACCACCACCACCACCGCUCCGCCCCUUCUGACGCAACCCACCCCCGCCAAGAUGAGCAAGCCUCUUCAGCCCCAGGCGCUGACACCGAGCAGUCAGAGCAAUCCGUCCAUCCCGGCCUUCCCCUCUCCUCGCUCCCCGCCCAUGCAGCUCCACCCUCCACUCAGCGGGACCCCCACCGGGCCCCCCAUGCAGAACAACCAGCCCGUGGAGUUCAACCACGCCAUCAACUACGUCAACAAGAUCAAGAACCGCUUUCAGGGCCAGCCCGACAUCUACAAAGCCUUCCUGGAGAUCCUCCACACGUACCAGAAGGAGCAGCGUAACGCUAAGGAGGCCGGUGGGAACUACACCCCGGCGCUGACGGAGCAGGAGGUGUACGCUCAGGUGGCCCGGCUCUUCAAGAACCAAGAGGACCUGCUCUCAGAGUUUGGCCAAUUCCUGCCCGACGCCAACAGCUCAGUGCUGUUAAGUAAGACUACAGCUGAGAAGGCGGAGGCUGUACGGAACGACCAUGGCGGUACUGCUAAGAAGCUGCAGCUCAACAACAAACAGCGGCCCAAUCAGAACGGCUGCCCGAUCCGCCGGCACCCGACUCCAGGGGCCACCCCCCUUAUCAAGAAAAAGCCCAAGUUACUGAACUUGAAAGAUUCCUCGGUGGCAGAGGCCAGCAAGCAUGGAGUCGGGACAGAAUCUCUGUUCUUUGAGAAGGUGCGCAAAGCCUUGCGAAGUGCAGAGGCUUACGACAACUUCCUGCGGUGCCUGGUCAUCUUCAACCAGGAGGUGAUCUCCAGGGCUGAACUGGUGCAGCUGGUGCUGCCUUUUUUAGGAAAAUUCCCAGAGCUGUUCAACUGGUUUAAAAACUUCCUGGGAUAUCGGGAAAUGUCCCACAUCGAAGCGUACCCUAAGGAACGGGCCACCGAGGGCAUCGCCAUGGAGAUCGAUUAUGCUUCCUGUAAGAGACUAGGCUCCAGUUACAGAGCUCUGCCCAAAAGCUACCAGCAGCCCAAAUGCACCGGCAGAACUCCACUUUGUAAAGAGGUCUUAAAUGACACCUGGGUCUCCUUCCCCUCCUGGUCUGAGGACUCCACGUUUGUCAGCUCCAAGAAGACUCAGUACGAGGAGAAUAUCUACAGAUGUGAGGACGAGCGCUUUGAGUUGGACGUAGUGCUGGAGACCAACCUGGCCACCAUCAAAGUGCUGGAGGCGGUGCAGAGGAAGUUGUCCCGCAUGUCGGCGGAGGAGCAGGCCAAGUUCCGAUUGGACAACACGAUGGGCGGCUCCUCGGAGGUCGUGCACCGUAAAGCCAUCCAGAGGAUAUACGGAGACAAGGCGCCCGACAUCCUGGAUGGCCUGAAGAAGAACCCGGCUGUGUCUGUGCCCAUCGUGCUAAAGAGGUUAAAGACUAAGGAGGAGGAGUGGCGGGAAGCCCAGCGAGGCUUCAACAAGAUCUGGAGGGAGCAGAACGAGAAGUAUUACCUCAAGUCUCUCGACCAUCAGGGCGUCAACUUCAAACAGAACGACACCAAAGUGCUUCGAUCCAAGUCCAUGCUGAAUGAAAUCGAAAGCAUUUAUGAUGAGGUGCGUUUCUUUCUACUAUACCUCAGAGCAGGGGUUCCCAAAGUGUACUGGGUGGCUGUGGAGUACGAAGACGAGGAGAAGGGGAAGGGGAAGAAGGGGGGUGAGGGCGAUGAGGGGGAGAGCGCAGCAGCACCUGAGGAAGAGGAGAAGCAGCCUGAGGAAGACUUCCAGUGCGUGGUGUACUUCUGGCAGGGCAGGCAGGCCUCCAACAUGGGCUGGCUCACCUUCACCUUCUCCCUGCAGAAGAAGUUCGAGAGCCUCUUCCCCGGAAAACUCAAGGUACGGGAGCGGAUCUGA